AUGUCGUCGGAAACUGCUAAGAGCAUGAAGUGCCCGUUUUGCGGGUAUAGCAGCGGCGAGGAGUAUGCGAUGAUGCUGCACAUAGAGACGCGCCAUGCUGAGGGCAAGUCGCCGUUCGUGGAUGAGACAUCAGCGGCCACAGUAUCGGAGCCAAGCCCGGACGAUGAGCAAUACGUCGAGUGCCCCAUCGACGGGUGCGGCGAGGUUGUAACCUUAACUGAGCUGGACGACCACAUUGAGCUGCACGCCGCUGAGGAGAAUGGUGCGAUCACGCCCGAGGACAGGGAGACGCCGGCGAAAGAUGGAAGCAGACAGGAGUACCAGUCGCCCUACUCACAGCCUGGCAACCGCAACACGAAUGCGGACAGCAGCAGCAGUCGUAGAAAGGAAAAUUCUACAUGUCGGCGGCUGGAGGAAACUGUGAAUGACCGCCAAGGUGACGCUAUUCAGAAGUGGAAGCAGAUAUUCCACAUGCCUGCUGUGAAAGUACCGCGGACGGAAUCCCAUGCCGGCGGGCCGGCACAGAAGAAACGUCUCGGUAAAGCAGAGCUCGGCAAAUACGCCCACGAAGACAAGAUGCCGCAGUCUCUAGUGGAUCUGCUGCGCAGGGACGGACAAGUCACAAGUUCGGACCGUGACUUACAUCAAGUAUUCACAGGUGUCAUCCCCGUACUAGAACAAAUCCUGGACCAGAACUCGAGAACGGCAUGGGCAUACCUGUGCCAUCCAUGUGUCUGGCAUGUCUCCAAACUUAAGGGGGAAGGGGGCUUCUGCGGAUACAGGAAUAUCCAGAUGAUGUCUUCCUUCAUUAUUGGCAGCCGGUCCACGGGGGCGACGCACUUCCGUGGUAGACUGCCGAGCAUCUUCAGGAUUCAGGACUACAUUGAGCAUGCGUGGGAUGUUGGCAUCAACGCCCAGGGCCGGGUGGAGACGGGAGGCGUUAAGGGGACACGGAAGUAUAUUGGCACGCCUGAGGCCCAGGCCAUGUUUACGGUUCUUGAUAUACCAUGCGAGGCACAGGGGUUCAAAGACACCCGUCCUGGCUCCGCCGAGAUGAAACUCCUGCGGUAUGUCCAGGACUAUUUCGAGUCGGCCGACUUCGACCCCCGGGAUAAGGUACGGCGCACGACACUGCCGCCUAUCUACUUCCAACACAGGGGUCAUUCCCUUACAAUCGUCGGCUUAGAAAAACGACACGACGGAGAAACAGAGCUAUUAGUGUUCGACCCCAUGUUCGGUGACCCUCGGACGAUAACCAAAUAUAUUGGUCGUACGUUUGAGGGAAGCACGGACAAGGCGUUGAAGCUCUACCGGAGGGGGAACAAGUAUCUGAGGAAGUACUAUGAGUUUGAGGUGCUUACGUAUGUCCAACUGGAUGAAUAA